GCCACCGCCGCCUCCGUGGCGCCGGCCCUUUAAGGCGGCCGCUCACGUGGUGCGAGGCGGGGCGAGUGGUCGGUAGGCGGAAGUCGCCCGUCGCCACCUCAGCUCGGCGUCGUUCAGCGGCCCGAACAUGGCGGGUAUCAAAGCUCUCGUGGCCCUGUCCUUCAGCGGAGCCAUCGGGCUGACCUUCCUCAUGCUGGGCUGCGCCCUGGAGUACUACGGUGUGUACUGGCCUCUGUUUGUCUUAAUAUUUUACUUCAUCUGCCCCAUUCCCCACUUCAUUGCAAAAAGAGUGAGUGAUGACAGUGAUGCAGCCAGCAGUGCCUGCAGAGAAUUGGCAUAUUUCUUCACAACUGGAAUUGUUGUUUCUGCCUUUGGAUUUCCUAUAAUCCUUGCACGGGUUGAAGCGAUCAAGUGGGGAGCCUGUGGUCUGGUGCUGGCUGGCAAUGCAGUAAUUUUCCUUACUAUUCUAGGCUUUUUUCUUGUGUUUGGUAGAGGAGAUGACUUUAGCUGGGAACAGUGGUAGGACAUCGCUCUUGAUGCUGGUAAUAAUUUACAGCAUUUAUCACCAUAUGUAUACCCUGUGUGUGUAUAUGUGUAUAUAUUAUAACAUAUGUGUGUGUGCACGCUGAGAUGUACGUAUGUGCAUAUGCAUGUAGUUUUCCAUUAUCAGAUCAUAACAUGCUUUUUAAAAAUGCAUUUCUACCAAACAGAAAAGGCCCCUGUGCCAACUGUCUUAAUGUAUUCUGUAAAAGCUGGAAUCACUGUUGCGAAUUUGUCCCCAUACAAGUUUACAAAGUGUAAGCUGUUUUAGUAAUUUUUUCAUUAUAUAUGCACUAACUUUUGUUUUAAUCACAGUAGUAUCAUUGAUACAUGUGAUAUUGGUCAGCAUGCAUCUUGGGUUUUUUAACUGUAAUCGAAAUAGGCCAAUAUAAAGAUUAUCCUACUUGGUAUUGUUCAGCUUGAUCAGUUUUUCUGCUUUGAUUAGGGAUGAAUGAGUACUUGCUUGCCAUUUGAGUAAUUAUUAUUUUAGUGGGGUUUUUCUUGAUAAUGUGAAACCAAACAUAAGUUACGCUAACUCUUUUACUACCUAGUGAAAGAAAAAUAAAAUAACCCCAGUUAAAAUUCUUCCUUCCACUUAACGGUGUUAAAUUAAAAAAAAUAAUUCUCCACCCUGCAAAGAUACUAGGGCUUUGUCCCUAUUCAACUUAACAAUUGUGGAUAGAUUUAGGAAGAAUAUAUUUUGAUGCCGCUUUAACGCUUAGAGCCGACAUUACUUCUCUUAUGAAGGUUCACAAAAGACGAAACAAUGCUCAGGACACUUACAAUCACAAUGUAGUAUUCAACUCUGUAUUCUCAAGUGUGAAAUGCCUGAAUUGCGAAGAAGUGAGUGUUCUGCUAGGUAGGAUUUCCUAUCUCCUCAAGUUCUCAUUGCUUUUAAAACAUACUUACUCUACUACUAAUGUUUUUGUCUGUGAGAAAGGAUUGUUAUAUUAAGACACUAUAUUUUCAAAUAGCAUUAUCCUAGUAAACAUUCACAUAAUCAUACUUAUAAAAGGAAACUUUACUGUUUUGACUCGCUCAAUCCUGCAAAUUGUGGAGGCAUGUAGUUUUGUAGAAAUGCAUUCUGAUACAACCCUAACUCUAGAAGAUAUUUCAGUAAUCUGCAAAGGGGUAAAGGAAGAGACCCCUUAGUUUAUUUUUUUAUAGAAAAAUGGACAUAAAGAGGUUUCUUCUCUGUGAAAUAUGAAGCUGAAUUUCUGUGUAGGGUGUGUAUUACUGUGGCAAGUUCUUUAGACUAGUAGAUUGCAUAUGAGUUUUUUAUAGUUACAUGAGUGAGUUCACAGCUGACUGCUAUCACCCUGUAUAGUUGUGGGGGAUGCUGUGUAAGGAAGUAGUAGAAUCCACCCUGCAAGAUGUGGCAGCUUCACCAACGCAAUGCUUUUUGCCCCCUGAGUUGUACAGAACUACUUAAUGCUGCUCUUCAAACUCUCUCAAUACUUGUGUACAGCAAAAUGGUGUCCUGUGGAUUGCUGUGCAGAGUAGAGGUUCACAAUUUAAUGAAUGUUACAUGAGCACUCCAGUACUAGUUAUGGAAAUCAUUCUUUGUCCAAGUAAUGUAAUACUACUUAAGCAGGAAUGGAAUAUAUAGGUAGGUUAAUUACGUUUUAAAUUUAAACUUCAGGUGUGCAUAAGGUGAAUCAUUCAGUGCUGAGAAAUGCUGAGUAGCUGUGUUUUAUAUUGAAGUGUGUCUAGGUUGUUACUCUUGUAAAAAAAGAAUUAACAUUAAAGGACAGGGGGGUUUUGUCUGGAUGUUAAUGCUUCAUGGAAGACAUAGCAGGAAUACACUUGUAAAGAUGCUGUGCAUAAACAAGUUCUUUUACAGUGUCUUCUUCCUGAUUUAGAUGAAAUCUGUUGGACCCUACUGAUUUAUAAAGUACUACUGUGGAAAUUAUUUGUUCUAAUUAUGAGCAAAGUUGUUUAAACAUAGUUUCCACGUAUAAUUCCUGCUCUGGUUUUUGAAGUUGCUUUUUUUCAUCUACAAUGGCAUUUUUUAUUCAAAUUAGUGAAGUAAAACAGCAACAAUAAUACACAAUUUAAGUGCCUGAUCCUAUAAAUGCCUAAUGUCAUUCCUAAUAAUUCUAUUGAACUCCUGUUAAAAUACUCAUGUGCUUGCAUGGUUAGAUUCUUGAGUAUUUUUACUCAGAAUUUACAUACCAAAGGCUGCGAUGGAAGUCUACAAAACUAUUCAAUUAUUGAUGAAAUUUUGCUUUCAAGACAGUGGUGUGAAAAACAGCUGAGAUUAAUUUUUCUUUAAAUUAGAGUAUCAGUAUUUGUAGGAUCUGUUGUAGAUGUUAGUAAAUAGUGUGCUUGUGGCGGACUGGGAUACAGGCAGUAAACAUGACAAUCUGAAAUGAAAAGGAGGACUAGAAAGUGUGGUCUUGAAGAGAGGUUGCUUCCUUGACAAAUUACUCUAUUGUACUGUAUUUCCUUUGGUAUUACUGUGGUUGGUGGGGAUCUCAUGAAAUGGCAGGUAGAUGCCGAGUGGAGAAGGUCAAUGUUUGGGUGUUGUGUGUUUUGGGUUUUUUUUUUCUUCUUUUGAAGCAACUACAUGCACUAAUCCUUAAUGUGAACUUCAUGCAGUUUUCACCAUGGACUUUUGUUUUUAAAUGUUUAACUUUAAAAAUUGUGUUCAGUGUUUAAAUUGUGGAAAUCUUCCUUGACCUCUUUAAAAGUAAAUUUGCUUGAAUGACUCUUUGAUAGCAAGUAGGGUAAAAAAAAAAAACCAAACAAACAGUGCUUUUUUUUAUCAAGAGCUUCACUCAUUCACACAAACCUGGUGCUUCGAUGGCCAGUACUGCAAAUACUGGCACUAUCUACCAGUAGCCAUUUACUGUGGUUUCUCUGAAAUUGUUUUCCUAUAUGGAAGUGAAUACUAUGUAUCCAAAGUGCCUUAAUUUCAAUAAUAUGCUGAUUUUGUGAAUGCAUAUACAUGGCAGUAUCACUGUUUCAUAAUCAGCUGAAAAAUCUGUUACUGUGGUUUAUAAAGCUUCCUUGUCAACUAAUCAUGUUUUCUGUAAUUCAGAAUGCAGUGCAGCUUUUGUAACUUUUGUAAACAUUAUUUUUAUUUUCUGUGAUUGCCAGGUUCUUGAGAUGAUGAAGUAUUAAAACAUGGAAAUUAAAAUAUAUUCUACUUUUCUUUUCAAAUUGUCUAAUAAAACUGACUUUUUGAAUUGCUUAAUAAACAUAUUUGAUGCUUAA